GAAGAAUUUUCAUUUCUACUUAAUUUCGCAAAAAGAUGAGGUAUUUUAUUAAUUUUCUCUUAAUCGUUGGACUUUUGGUGAUAACUGUCAAUGGUCAACCCUGCAAACCUGCAUUCUCUUCAUGCGUGACGACUCGAGAAUGUUGCCCUAAUCUUGAAUGCGACAUCCAAGAUCGCCAAUGCUUGGGUCGACUUAGAUGUCGAAGAUUGGGAAAUCAUUGUAUUACCGAUAUAAAUUGCUGUGCUGGUCUUCGCUGUCAUCCACAACGACAAACAUGUGUCAGGGCUCAGGAUAUUUGUCAACAAUGGGGACAAUAUUGUGAUGCCUUUAAUCAAUGCUGUUCUGGUUUGAGAUGCAAUAGAGGCCGAUGUGGACAAUAAUCUAGUCGAUAAAUCAUAUUAAAAAAAAAUUGUAAAUUCAAAAAUUACAAUUAGAAAUUAUUCAAAUAAAU